UCCGUUGAUUGACUGAGCUCUGUUCUGAGUUCUGAUGACUGUGAGCUUCUGUUCUAAGUUAUUGACCAACUAAUCGAGCGGAGGUAUAUAAACCAAAGCAUGUUACAAUGCCGAUAUCAGUCGUGUAAAAACCGUUGAUUUAACAAGAUGUUCAAAGCUACUGUUUUCACUAUUUGCUGCCUAGCGGCUGCUACAUCUGCUCAGUACUGGGGAGGUAAUUGGGGUGGCGAGGGUAGCUAUGCAGGAGAACAUAAGGAUUACCACUCGUAUCCAAAGUACAAAUACGAAUAUGGAGUAAAGGAUUACCACACCGGAGAUCACAAGAGUCAAUGGGAGCAGCGUGAUGGAGAUGUAGUCAAGGGUGGCUAUACUCUGGAUGAGGCAGAUGGUACCAAGCGUGUGGUUGAAUACCAUUCCGACAAGCACAAUGGGCUGACGGCUCACGUCAAGCGAAUUGGCCACGCCCACCAUCCUCAAGUUUACGGACAUCAUGGUGGUCACAACCACGGAUAUGGUCAUUCCGGGCAUAGUUAUAGUAACUUGAACCAAUAUCAUUACUAAGUUUGACUUUUGGUACAUAAUAGGCCUGUUGAAGUUCUUGGAAUACGAUUGGAUGAAACAAGGGAUGAAAUAAAACAAUUUUCUCACAAUAAGGAGUA